GCCAGCCGCGGGCCGGAGCGCGGGCGCGGGGCCGCCAUGCGCGGGGCCGCCGGGUGCCCGCUACCGCCGGUGCCACCGGUGCUACCGGUGCUGCUGCUGCUGGCGGCGGCGGCGGCGGGGCUGGGCGGCGGCGAGGAGGCGAUCCAGUGCCCGCCGUGCUCCGAGGAGCGGCUGGCGCGCUGCAAGGCACCGCAGGGCUGCGCGGAGCUGGUGCGGGAGCCGGGCUGCGGGUGCUGCGCGACCUGCGCCCUCGGCCGCGGCACCGCCUGCGGGGUCUACACCGCCCGCUGCGGCGCCGGGCUGCGCUGCUAUCCCCCCCGCGGCGUGCCGCGGCCCCUGCACACCCUCAUGCACGGCCAGGGCAUCUGCACCGACCUGGCCGACGUCGAGGCCAUCCAGGAGAGCCUGCAGCCCCCAGAGAAGGAGGAGAUCGACCACCCCAACAACAGCUUCAGCCCCUGCAGCAUCCACGACCGCAAGUGCCUGCAGAAGCAGCAGGCGAAGCGGGUCAACAACGGCAACAAGAUGCGCAACAGCGGGAGCCCGUACCACCGCGAGGAGACACGGCCCAUAGCACAGGGCUCGUGCCAGAGCGAGCUGCACCGGGCGCUGGAGCGGCUGGCCGCCUCGCAGACCCGCACGCACGAGGACCUCUACGUCAUCCCCAUCCCCAACUGCGACCGCAACGGCAACUUCCACCCCAAGCAGUGUCACCCGGCGCUGGACGGGCAGCGGGGCAAGUGCUGGUGCGUGGACCGCAAGACCGGGGUGAAGCUGCCGGGCUUCCUGGAGCUGAAGGGGGACUUGGACUGUCACCAGCUGGCAGACAGCAUGUGAGCGCGACCGGGACACGCAGGAGAGGAAGAGAGGGGACACGACUGCCGAGCAGCUCCUGUGUGCCGGGGGACCCUGCCACGCAGCCCGGCUCUCUGCGGCGCUCUGCGCCCCAGCACGGCACCACGACCUGCGCCAUGACCACGAGCUGCCAGUGCCGAGGGCUCCCCGGCACACCUCCAUCCUGCACGGACACUCGCUGGGACUGAUGCUGCACUGGGGCUGGUGUCACCGCAACAUCCUCCUGCCCCUUGAUGCUGCUCCCACCCCGUGGUAACCCUCUGGUUUUCGUCCUGGCCCCCCUGUGCAGUGGUGUGGCCGUGGACACUCCAGUGGCUGCAUCGGCAGCAUCACCCCCUGCCCACGGUGCAUUGUGUCCACACUGGACCUCUGCAUGGGGCAGCAGCAGAAGUGCCUCAUCCUGCCCUCCCUGGCAGCAGGCAUGGGCUGGAGGUGCCCAAAGAGACCCGACCCCCCUCCCCACUGCCACUGCCUGCCUGGAGCCCUCCCUGCCUGCACCUCACUCAGUGUGCGUGCACCAUGGGCACCGCAGCCACACAGAGCAAUAAGAAACCUUCCCCCUCCCCACUGCAGCCCCCCCAGCUCCACAGCCCAGGUCCUGCCUGCCCCAUGGCCCAGCCCCAUCCCUGCACAGGGACAAAGCCAGUGGCCACAACAUUUUCCUUCCAUCCAUCCAUCCAUCCACCCACCCACCCACCCAUCCAUCCAUCCAUCCACCCACACACCCAACCACCCACCCACCCACCCACCCACCCACCCAUCCAUCCAUCCAUCCAUCCAUCCAUCCAUCCAUCCAUCCAUCCAUCCAUCCACCCACCCAACCAACCACCCAACCAUCCACCCACCCACCCACCCACCCACCCAUCCAUCCAUCCAUCCAUCCAUCCAUCCAUCCAUCCAUCCAUCCAUCCAUCCAUCCAUCCAUCCACCCAUCCAUCCACCCACCCACCCACCCACCCACCCACCCACCCAUCCAUCCAUCCAUCCAUCCAUCCAUCCAUCCAUCCAUCCAUCCAUCCAUCCAUCCCAUCUCCCCAUGCCUGGUCCCCAUGGGUGAGGGGGGUUAUGCCU